AUGUCUGCUCGUUGUAUACCAACAACAGUACGUAAUAUACAAACAUUAUGGAUGACAAAUAGUCGUCGACAAUUUCAAACAUCAAUUUCACGUUUAUCUGCUGAUACAGUUCAUAUUAAAGAUGAUGGAGAUUUUCAAAAACAAGUUAUUGAUAGUAAAAAAUCAUUUAUUGUGGAUUUUCAUGCAGUUUGGUGUGGACCAUGUAAAAUUUUAGAACCUCGUCUUGAUAAAGUUCUUACAAAUUAUAAUAAGAAAGUACAAAAUACAUCGGCUGAUCAACAAAUCAAAUUGGCUAAAGUUGAUAUAGAUGAAUUAGGUGAAUUAAGUAGUAAAUAUAAUGUACGAGCAGUACCAACGGUUUUGGCUAUUAAAAAUGGCAGAGAAAUAACGCGAUUUACAGGUGUUGUCGAUGAAAAUAGAAUUCAAAAAAUGAUUGAUCAACUUAGUCGAUAA